AUGCAACGCCGGCAUCCCAAAGAUCAGAGAGCGUCAGCACCUCCAAAUGACCGGACUCCGCGGCGGAAUUGGACUCCACGAAAACAGAGGAAUUUGGCCGCAGAUUGGUGGAGAUCAAGUAGUGAUGGUCCGGCGAUUGGCGAUGCUUCACAGAGCCCGCCAAACCGUAAGGAGUCCGAGCAGUCGAAUUCAACACAGCGCGGAGAUUCGAUGGCCAAUUCGAAACCUCUUCCUAACCCGCCUCGACUUGGUGAGACCUCGAAUGGGUCUCCUCCUCAUAACGAAUCCGAGAGUAUAGACCUAACGCAAGGAUCAUCCGCUCAAGCACCAAACACUCUGGAGCUCGGCUGUAUGUACUGGUUGAAGCAUCAAGGAGACGAUGGAUGUUUCUUUACCGGUUACGAACGAAGGGUCAACACAGAUAGAAAGGCGAUUUUGGAUGAUAGAGUCUGUGGACAUGUUGUGAUGCUCUUGAGCUCAUUUCUGGCCAAGGACAAAACAUUCUACACUGCGGCCCUUCUUACCACCUUCAAGCGAAUGUCUUAUGCCAACUGGAACACUGCGCGGUCGAUCAGCGAGAACAUAAAUCUGCGAAAGUCCAUUCCUUUGGCCAGCCAUUCGCCAUGCCUCUCAGAUAGCUCAAAUAUUCCAGCCACACCGGUCAUUCACCUAGGGCCCCGUAAUACCCACGAUACCACUCUUCAUUUGCUCCGUGGCAGUCUCGAUAGAGAUUGUUACGCUCGUAUUGAUAGGAUACUCGAGCUACCUGGAGAAAGUCUUCGAUUGUAUUGCUACGAAGGGGGCAUCCUACCACCACAACCUCCCAAGCUCUGUUUCAAGAGUUAUGCACACUUGAUGGGUCGCCUCCAUAUGAAAGGUGACAUGGAAGAGCUUUACUUUGCUGGGAAUGCUCCAUACGAUCAACAAUGCGAGGAUAGCGUCCACGUUGAAAGCUCCAACACAGCAGCGGCUGUCAACCAAGAUGCCAAUGACAGGGGCACAGAUUCGGAUCAGGCACGCCCUUCGGAGACAACCCCCACUACAGCACUCUGA